AUGCCUGAAAUUCAUAAUAAAACAAUUCAUUCCUUCAGUAGUGAGGAUUCUCAAUUUCCCGCUCGAAAUCUUUUGGAAACAAAAGUUACAAAAAAAUGGAAAUGUCAAGAAACAGGAGAGAAAAGUUGUUUUGUAGUGUUAAAGCUUGACGAACCUCGUCAGAUAUCCGGCAUCGAUAUUGGAAAUGAACAUUCUGGGUUUAUAGAAGUGUUGGUAGGAAAUUCCAAACAAGAUCCGCCGACGUUUAAAGAAAUCCUCCUUGCGACUAGUUUCAUGACAAUCGUUGAAGCAAAAAACGGAACAAAUCCCCAUCGUGUUAGAUGCUUUACGCACAGUUCAUUAGUGGAAUCGGUGGCGAAGGAAAAAUGCGAUCUUGUGAAGAUUGUUUGUACGCAGCCUUUUAAUAAUAAAUUAAAGUACGGACUUUCAUUUGUAACGCUUCACACACCUGAAAAUAUCGAAGAUGACGACCAGUCGCCUGUUAAACAAUUGCCCUUACCUGUAAUCAAACCUGAAGAUUCCAAUGAGAAAAGAAGAAAGUUUGGAAAAUUUACGCUACGAGCAAGUUCCGGUUCCGAUUCUGAUCAUGAAAAGGAAAAGAAAAAUCCUUUGUCACCUUUCGAUCGGUGGAAGAAUUUAAAAAAUAAUCCACAAGAAAAGAAGGAAAAUGUAAAAAGUCAAUUCAAGACGAAGAUUGAAGAGAAUCGUAAAAGAAUUCGAACACUUCCUGACUCGUCUGAUGAUGAACCUCCAAAACCGAAAGUCAAAUCUAAUCGUAAUCGAAGCUUAGGACUUGUUUAUGAAGAUGAAGAUGACGAACCCAAUGAAAUGCUUCAAAAGAAAAUGGAUCGAGAUAAGAAAAUGAAAGAAAAAGAACAAAAAACUCAUUUAAGUCUGCCAAUUAAACGUGACAAAACUCCACCGAGAUUAAAUCCAACAAAGUCGAAAUUUUCUUCAUUUAUUUCUAGCGAUCAACCUUCAACAUCGAAAGAUGUGUCGCCAAGAAAAUCUUCAAAACCUUCCACAUCACCUUCUAAAACUCCUUCAAACAAAUCCUCAAAUCAUCAAAUAAAACCGAAGAAAAUUUCUUUUAAACCUUUCGAAAAACUUUUAGAAGGCGUCACAUUUGCUUUCAGUGGUUACGUCAAUCCCGAGCGAGGAAUUUUACGUCAAAAAGCUAUUGACAUGGGUGCUAAGUAUCGAUCAGAUUGGGACAACAAUUGCACGCAUUUGAUAUGCGCUUUUAACAACACUCCAAAGUAUCAUCAAGUAAAGGGACAUGGAAAGAUUGUCACUAAGCGAUGGAUUGAAGCUUGUCACAACAAUAAGAAACGUUUGCCUUGGCGUCGUUUUGCAUUGGAUAAAGAAGAUAUUAACAAAUCAGAAAGUGAGGAAGAAAUUCAUGAAAUUCAAAAUUCUGCAAUUGUUGAGCCAGAUUCGGAUGAUGACAUGAUGGUCGUUGAUAAACGCGUUGAAAAUGGAAAUUCGGAAGUGAAGACGAACAAAGUUGUUAUCGAAAAUGACCUACGUGAUGUGUUAGAAGUUUCAACUGAUGAUGAAAUGAACGGAAAUGAGCCAAAAGUAAAUUCAACUCAAGCUGAAAAUCAAGUCUUUAAAAAUAAAAUAUUUUACUUGAAUGAAGACUUGUCUGCAACUGAAAUAAUAAAACUUAAGAAUCAAAUUCAGGAUAUGAUGGGACGAGUCACUGAAAAUCCUAGAAAAGCAACGCACAUCAUUUCAGCUUCAGGGAAGCGACUUCCAAGAGACUUUUCUGGUGAAGUUAUUAAACCUCUUUGGGUGACCGAAUGUCAUGAACUUGAAGCUCUUAUACCAUUAACACGUUAUAAACUUCAAUCAAAUUAA